AAGAAAAAUCUCUCUCUCGCUCUCUCAGCGAUCGAUUUGAAACGGCAGCGGUGGUCGUUGGAGGCCCUUUUGCGCGGCUCGAUUCGGAGCAGCACACGGCUGUGCCACUGGCUGAGUAACCUUGCGUCUUUGCGUUUUACGUUGUCCAUUUUCCCACCGCCACCAUGUUCGGAUGGAUGGACAAGUUUAUUGAGUGGCUGAAGAGCCUGUUCUGGAAGGAGGAGAUGGAGUUGACGCUGGUCGGUCUUCAAAACUCGGGCAAGACCACCUUUGUCAAUGUCAUUGCGUCGGGCAACUUUACAGAGGACAUGAUUCCGACUGUCGGGUUCAACAUGCGUAAAGUCACAAAGGGCAACGUCACAAUCAAGCUUUGGGAUAUUGGAGGCCAGCCUCGCUUCCGUAGCAUGUGGGAGCGUUAUUGCCGUGGCGUGCAAGCCAUCGUGUACAUGGUGGAUGCCGCCGACGAGAGCAAGAUGGAGGGUGCCAAAAUUGAACUGCAUACCCUCCUGGAGAAGCCCCAGCUGGCUGGCACACCCAUCUUGGUCCUUGGCAACAAAUGCGACCUUCCCAAGGCCUUUGCCGCUGAACAGCUCGUCGAAGCCCUCGAACUGAAAAAGAUUGGAGACCGUGAAGUCUGCUGCUACGCCAUCUCGUGCAAGAAUAAGAUCAACAUUGAAAUCACCCUCAAGUGGCUGAUGCAGCACUCCAAGCGCAAGUAAAUGAACAAGCUGGUUGCUCAACAGAGACGGACAACGGCCAGGCGUAUGCGGUGUUGACAUGGGCACAUGGCCCAAGCUGUGUCACACCUUUUACCUUUUCUUUGGCUCCCGCGCCUUGAGCCCCAGCCCCCCGUCAAUCUAGCUGCCGCCAUUUGCAUUCGUGCGCACAUAGCUACGUGUGACCCACAGAGUGGUCGGCGCUUGACCAAUGUCUAGGACUUUUCUUUCUUUCUCUUUCUGUGGCAGGUGUUGUUGCCGUGUUGCCCUGCCUUUCCUCUUUCGCUUCACUUGCAGGGGCGCACGACGGGCCGAUCCUGCUGGAUGGGGCUCAUGUGCGCGUGCUUUCAGCGGGUGUGCGAGCUGGCUGUGUCUUAUUCUCCUCUUUGUUAACUUUCUUUCCUGGGUCUUACCUGGCCCCGUCUGUGCUCCCUUUCUGUCCCCACGACAAAUUGGAUUGACAAGUGAGAG